AUGAUCAGCAGUCCCUCUUCUGCAGACUGGGCCACAUUUGCUGUGGGCCCGGGCCACGGCAUCCAGCUGCGCUCAGGCCGCCUGCUGGUGCCUGCCUACACGUACCACGUAGACCGGCGGGAGUGCUUUGGCAAGAUCUGCAGGACCAGCCCGCAUGCCUUCACCUUCUACAGUGACGACCACGGUCGCACCUGGCGCCACGGAGGCCUGGUGCCCAACCUUCGCUCGGGCGAGUGCCAGCUGGCCGCGGUGGACAGCGGGCAGGCCGGCCACAUCCUGUACUGCAACGCCCGGAGCCCCCUGGGGAGCCGCGUGCAGGCGCUCAGUGCGGACGAGGGCACCUCCUUCCUGCCCGGGGAGCUGGUGCCUGCCCUGGCCGAGACCGCCCGGGGCUGCCAGGGCAGCGUCCUUGGCUUCCCUGCCCCGCUCUUUAGCAGGCCGAGGAAUGGUAGAUGGCCAGUGGGUGCCGGGAGCCACUCCUACUCUCCACACCUCUGUCUUGGAGUCCAGGAACCCUCAGAGGAGGGUACUGGAGACACCCAAGGGGCCCAGGGGCCCAGCGGGAUGGAGGGAUGUAGGGACAGCCCUGAAGAGCCUGGCCUGGGGCCUGGGCUCAGUGGGAUCAUGGCGGCCUGGACCUCGAAGGUCCCCGGGCCCCCUGCCACCCUGUCUCAGAGCCCCACCUGGCUGCUGUAUUCCCACCCGGUGGGGCGCAGGGCUCGACUCCAUAUGGGAAUCUAUCUGAGCCGGUCCCCCCUGGAUCCCCACAGCUGGACGGAGCCCUGGGUGAUCUAUGAGGGGCCCAGUGGCUACUCUGAUCUGGCAUCCGUCGGGCCAACUGUCAAGGGAGCCCUGACCUUUGCUUGUCUGUUUGAGAGUGGGGCCAGGGUCUCCUACGAGGAGAUCUCCUUUUGCAUGUUCUCCCUUGGUGAGGUCCUGCAGAACCUGCCGCCGGGCCCCAAGCCACCCGGCCUCGGGGACAAGCGUCUGGAGCGCUGCCGGCCUUCCUGA